GCCAGGGAAGCAGCAGACCUGAAGCAGCCAGGAGGGUUCAUCGUGUGGAAGCUCUUACAAACUUCUCUAUAUAUCUGCUUUGACUGAGCGAUUUUACUUUAUUACGCUCGGAGACAUUUUUGAAAUAUGUCUUCGUUCAGGAAAGCGCUGAAAUCCAAACAGCGAAACCACCAUGAAAGAUCUCAGCCUGGUUUCAGGAAACAUUUGGGAUUGUUGGAGAAGAAGAAGGACUACAAGCUCCGUGCAGAUGACUACCACAAGAAGCAAAACACCCUUGCUGCUCUGCGGAAGAAAGCUCUGGAGAAAAACCCAGAUGAGUUUUACUUCAACAUGAUCAACUCUCAGCUACAGGAUGGCGUUCACGUAGCAAAAAAAGCCAAGGAGGAGGUGGAAGUGACAGAGGAGCAGAAAAAAGUCAUGAGGACGCAGGAUAUCAAAUAUGUGGAGAUGAAACGGGUCGCAGAGGCUAAGAAAAUCGAGAGACUGAAAGGAGAGCUCCACCUUCUGGAUGCAGACAGCAAACAAAAAAACAAGCACACAUUUUAUGUGGAUUCCAAGAAGGAAGUGGAGUCAUUUGACCUGGCAAACCACCUCAACACAGCUCCUGAACUGGUGGACAGAGUGUACAACAGACCGACUCUGAAAACACUGGAGACUAAGACCAUCCAGGGAGCUGUAGAGCCUCGCAGUGCGAAGAAGCUGGCCAGGCAGAGAAAGCACCAGUAUAAGAUCCUUUCCCAAAGGAUCGACAGAGAAAAGAACAUGUUUGUCAUCAGCCAGAAGAUCCAGACACGCAAGGAUCUGCAGGAUAAAACUAAAAAAGUGAAGGUAAAAAAGGAGACAGCCAGUGCUGCAGCAAUUUACAAGUUUGAGGCCAAGAGGAAACGCUGAGAGGGGAGUAAUCAUCAUACUGGGAAAAAUAAAUCGCCAACUUUGCCAACGAAAUCCUGGUGACAUGAUGGACUUCUUGACCAUAGCACAGAUUGCAGAUAAUUUUUCUUCUCCUCAAAUAUUGUUGCAGCCAUGCAAUUUUGUACAUAUUUAUCUAAAACUUUUAUUUUCUUUCAAAUAAAUAACAGAUGAACGUG